AGCCGGUAGCGCUCCACUAGUGUAGCCACAGCAGCAGCAGCAGCAGCCUGGAGGAAAAGUGAGGAGUGGACGUGAAAGAAAGAGAGGAAAGAAAGAAAGAAAGAAAGAAAGUGCUUUAAACCAGUGGAGGAUUCACAUGCAGUUCUUCUGAGCUGGACUGGAUUCGAGAGAGAAGACACUUCAGCACCGUGGACCUUCAGCUGUCUUGUGGCCUGCCGGUGGCGCUAUCAAAGAGUGGAAAAGCUUUUUUUUCUCCACAUACUGUGGAUUCUCCAAAACCAAAAUCCCAGUGACUGGGCCUCAUAGGUGUGAAAAUCUCUGGAAAUACCUGGAAUUGUAGGAGCAUCUUCACUCCAAGCCCUUGCCCAGGGACUUCCUUAAAGUGUCCAGGCACUGGAUCUCGAAAGCUUUAUUUUCUGCAUAUACCAAUAGAAACAUUGAAACAAACACUGUAGCUUUAACGGUGGUGAAAGCUUUGGCUGGCCCCUGAACCAAUACCUUUUGCCGUGACUGUGAGGGUUGUGACCUUUCUGACUCCCGCUUCAAACGGACACUUGAAAAAGAAGAUCGCAGUCAGAGAGGAGCUUCCGAACCGCAGUGAAUCAAACCAAAAAAAAACAAAAAAAAAAAAACACAUCAGGCUUGGAUGCGAUGAACGCCUCAUGUAGGCAUCAGCAUGGAAAGCUGUGAGUCUCCCGUGGUUUCUGGGACAGACGAUGGGCUCAGCUCCUCAACCACCUCCCAGCAGCCUCAGCAGCAUCCUCCUCAACCCUGGAACGAUCGCUCUAGUGCACAGGUCACUCCCAGCAACCACCCCUCUUCCUUGGAUCCCCUGUCUCUCUCAGCUCAGCUUCAGAGUCCCAGCACGACUCGUGAGGUUGUGAGAGAACAGAAACAGCAGCAGCAGCAAACACGGGCCCCUUCCCAGGCUGCUAGUGACAGCUCCACCAGCAGCCAACUACACCCUAGACGAGAAGGGUUGAAGGAGGAGCAGGAAGCAGGGAGCUGUGGAGAGGACGACGAAGACUUGGAUGACUUGGACGAUAUGGAGAUUGACAACUGUUUUCCAAGUUUGCAGCCCUUCCCCGGCAUUCCUAUAGCUCCAGUAGGAGGGGGCAUGCCCACUCUCAUGCGGCAACAGCCCAUCCAGCGGAGGGAUGCUAUGGAAAGUGGGAGUGAAGAAGGAGAGGAAGAGGAGGAAGAGGAGACCAGUGAUGUGGAAAACCUAGCUGGCGAAAUUGUCUACCAGCCUGAUGGCUCAGCUUACAUUGUGGAAAGCCUAAGCCAGCUGAUCCAAAGUGAUGGAGGCAUGACAUCGACCUUGCUUCCAUCAAAUUUUCUCUCUGGCAGUGUUAAACAAGGUGAAGCUCCUGGAACCUCCUCAUCAGUUUACCCUCAGAUCAUCAACACGUUCCACAUAGCCUCAUCUUUUGGAAAGUGGUUUGGCUCCUCAGACCAAGGUUUCCCCAAUACCUCAACCCCAGCAGGCCACAGUCCUGUACUGCACAGUUUCCGCGUUUUUGACGUGCGGCACAAAAGCAACAAGGAUUAUCUAAACAGCGAUGGGUCUGCCAAGAAAUCAUGUGUAUCCAAAGAUGUUCCUAACAAUGUGGAUUUCUCUAAAUUUGAUGGGCUAGCCCUUUAUGGUAAAGGCAAGCCCAUUCUCAUGUGUUUUCUCUGCAAACUGUCCUUUGGUUAUGCUCGUUCCUUUGCUACUCACGCUGUCCAUGAUCAUCGUAUGACCUUGUGUGAGGAUGAGCGUAGGAUUUUGGGCCACAAGCAUGCAUCUGCCAUUAUACAGGGCAUUGGUAAAGACAAAGAGCCCCUAAUUAGCUUCCUGGAACCAAAAAACAAAAGCUGUCCUUCACCACCCAACUUAGUGCCCAUGAACUCAGGCCAGAGCUUCUUUGGCACAUUCAGUGGAGUCCAUUUAGAGUCGGGGAGCAAUAGUGGAGAAGGUGAAAGACUCCUUAACAAAGACUCUGAUUCUGGUCUUCAGCAACAAGCCCUACUCACCCUGGGAGGCCUUGGAAGUCCCAAGAUACCGUCUCUUACCUCAACCCCAGGUCCUGCCAAAGACUCCAUUACCCUGCCCAAGGCUCAGAGAGGGAGAACAGAGGGGCCUGUGGGGAAAGAGGGAUCUCAGAGAAGGGAAAAUAGGGACAUGGAGCCCUAUGAAAGCAAAACUCUAAUUCAUGGUGAUGAGGUGGCUUCUGAGGAAGAGGAGGAACUUCUUUUAGAAGAAGAGGAGGAUGACAUGGGGGACGACGGCACUGCAUUGGCCUGUGGUGGCAGUAGCAGCAGUGGUGGUGGACAGGUCGGGGAACCAGCUGUCUCAAACCAAAGUAUUUCCAAAUCUCCUUUAUUAAUGCCUAGUAGCGCUCUUCAGCCUUCUGCCUGUCCCUCUGCAGCCAGCCCCACACUUAACAGAAAAGUCCCAGCUUCCAUGUGCUCUUCUUCUGUCAGGGGAUCAGAAGAGGGAAUGGCUGUAGAUGGUGGAGGGAGGUCUUCAGAGAUCCCACUGAGCUUUAACUGCCAGGGGCCCACUGUCCCCAUGGCAAUGGCAGCAGCCACCAGAAGAGGAGGUGAGGAGGAUGGAGCCGCAUGCUCCUCAGCAGGGACUUCCUCCCCUCUUGCCUCCAACACUGCUGCUGAUGAAAGUGCCAAUCGAGAUAGUGCCACAGCUCCUGAACCAAAUGAAUGCCUGGCAGAGGGAGAUGAUGACAGUGGUGCUCACCUGCACCACCUCCACCACCAUCACCACCACCUUCAUCCUUCACCACACUCCCACCUCAAUUCCCAGCAUGCAGGAACCUGUGACAUUACUGGGGUGGGAGAGUGCACCCAGAACCAUGGGGCUGGGGCAAGUGGAGGAAAUGGAGUUGAGUGCCCUAAAUGUGACACUGUCCUGGGCUCCUCACGCUCGCUGGGUGGCCAUAUGACGAUGAUGCAUUCACGCAACUCUUGCAAGACACUGAAGUGUCCCAAGUGCAACUGGCAUUACAAGUACCAGCAAACCCUGGAGGCCCACAUGAAGGAGAAGCACCCAGACUCUGGGAACUCCUGUGUGUACUGCAGCAGUGGACAGAGUCAUCCACGUCUGGCUCGGGGUGAGAGCUACACCUGUGGCUACAAACCCUUUCGUUGUGAAGUUUGCAAUUACUCCACCACCACAAAGGGCAAUCUGAGCAUCCAUAUGCAGUCAGAUAAGCAUCUCAACAAUAUGCAGACCCUGCAGAAUGGAGGCUCUAUCCCCACAGCCAAUGAGCAGGUGUUUGGGCAUACACCUGGUGGCGUGGUGUCUGUUCCAUCGGCAACCCAGGCCAGCAGUCACCACCCAAGCCACCACCAUCAUCCGGCACAGUCGUCCACUCACAUAGCUGGUCCUUGUGGAGCUCCUUCACCCACCAAGCCCAAAAGCAAACCCACUUGGCGCUGCGAGGUGUGUGACUACGAGACCAAUGUGGCUCGCAACCUACGCAUCCAUAUGACUAGUGAGAAGCACAUGCACAACAUGAUGCUGCUUCAGCAGAAUGUCACCCAGAUGCAACAUGGCCGUCUAGGUCUGGGCGCUAUGCACUCCCCCUCUGAGGCAGAGCUUUACCAAUACUACCUGACCCAAAACAUGAGCCUGCCUCCAGGCCUGAAGAUGGAUCCUACUGGAGCCGAUGCCCAAUUCUUAAUAGGAGGAUUUCACCUGGAUCCUAGUAUGGCUUCCUUGGCUCCAGCACUAGUAGGAGGGGACAUUCCCAUGGACGUACGUCUGGGUGGAGGGCAGCUGGUAUCCGAGGAGCUGAUGACCCUGGGUGAGAGUCUGUCGCAGACCACAGACCCAUCGCUUAAGCUCUUCCAGUGCGCCGUGUGCAACCGGUUUACCACUGACAACUUGGACAUGCUUGGCUUGCACAUGGGUGCUGAGCGCACUCUGCCCGAGGACGAGUGGAAGGCUGUAGUGGGCGACUCCCACCAGUGCAAGCUGUGCUGCUACACCACCCAGCUGAAGGCUAAUUUUCAGCUGCACUGCAAGACUGACAAGCAUGUGCAAAAGUACCAGCUCGUGGCUCACAUUAAGGAGGGUGGCAAGGGGAAUGAGUGGCGCUUAAAAUGCGUGGCCAUCGGGAACCCAGUUCACCUCAAGUGCAAUGCCUGUGACUACUACACCAACAGCUUGGAGAAGCUGCGCAUGCACACUGUCAAUUCCCGCCAUGAGGCCAGCCUCAAGCUUUACAAGCACCUGCAGCAGCAUGAGAGUGCGGUGGAGGGUGAGGCCUGCUACUACCACUGCGUCUUGUGUAACUAUUCCACCAAGGCCAAGCUCAACCUUAUCCAGCACGUGCGCUCCAUGAAGCACCAGCGCAGCGAAAGCCUGCGCAAGCUGCAGCGUCUGCAGAAAGGACUGCCGGAGGAGGAGGAGGACCUGAGCGCCAUCUUCACCAUACGCAAGUGCCCCUCUGCUGAUAUCGGCGAGCUGAGUGAGGAUGUGGAGGCUGCCAGCGAGACCACCACAGACCAGGAGGACCAAACCAAAGACAGAGAGUGUGGGGGGGAGAAAGAGCUCACCAAAGGGACAGCUGCAGGAUCCAGCCUGUCAGAGAGAGAUCAGACGGAGUCACCGGUUCCCUCCAAACGACCUCCAUCAGUGUCCGGGGCUUCAGAGAGCUCCGUCUCUUCCAAGCGUCCCCGGACGUCUGAGAAGAGCACUGGAGAGCAGAUGUACCAGUGCCCCUACUGUAAGUUCACCAACACAGAUCUGAACCGACUGAGGAUGCACGUGAUGACCCAGCACUCAGUGCAGCCCAUGCUGCGAUGCCCGCUGUGCCAGGACACGCUAAACAACAAGGUCCACCUGCAGUUCCACCUCACGCACCUCCACAGUGUGGCACCGGACUGCGUCGACAAGCUCAUAGCCACUGUGGCAACAUCAGAGGUUUUGCCAGCAAGCAUGUUUAUACCAGUCCCUGGACCGGAGAAAGAUUCUCAAAACACACCCCAAUCCUUGUCUAACUCAACUUCUGAAGAUACAAAGAAACAAACAGAUGCUACAGAUGUUGAAGCUGAUAAAGGAAUUUCACUGGUCUCAGACAUAAUCGAAUCUCGCAAAUCACCUCUUGAAGAUCAACAUCCUGCAAGAGAUGAAACUACUGGUUUCCUUUGCUGGAAAAAGGGCUGUAAUCAAGUAUUUAAAUCGUCCAAUGCUCUCCAGGUGCACUUCAAUGAGGUCCAUAACAAAAGGCCACAACUCCCUGUUUCUGAUCGCCAUGUUUACAAGUACCGUUGCAACCAGUGCAGUUUGGCAUUCAAGACAAUUGAGAAAUUGCAGUUGCAUUCCCAAUACCAUGUCAUCAGAGCAGCCACCAUGUGUUGUCUUUGUCAGCGGAGUUUCAGGACACUACAGGCCUUGAAAAAACACCUGGAGUCCAGUCACCUUGAGCUGAGUGAAGCUGAUCUUCAGCAACUCUAUGGUGGCUUGCUAAUGAAUGGAGACCUCAUGGUUAUCGGUGACCCUUCACUUGGAGAGGACCAUGGAGGACUCAUUGAAGAUGAAAAAGAAGGAGAGGACAGUGAUCCAGACGAGAAACAGAGUCCAACUGGCAGUGACUCUGGAUCAUUACAAGAGGAUUCUGGAUCUGAGCCCAAGCGAGCGCUGCCGUUUAGGAAAGGUCCCAAUUUCACCAUGGAGAAGUUCUUAGACCCUUCUCGUCCUUUUAAGUGUACAGUCUGCAAAGAGUCUUUUACCCAGAAGAAUAUUUUACUGGUACAUUAUAACUCUGUGUCGCACUUGCAUAAGGUCAAACGGGCUCUGCAGGAAUCCACUACAGGUCAACCAGAACCAACCAGCAGUCCUGAUAAUAAGCCCUUCAAAUGCAGCACUUGCAAUGUUGCAUACAGUCAAAGCUCUACACUGGAGAUUCAUAUGCGCUCUGUCCUGCACCAGACUAAAGCCAGGGCGGCCAAACUUGAAGCAGCAGGUGGAGGCUCCAGUUCGGUCAGCAGUGGCGGUUUAAGUGGAGGCACUUCAAAUAGCACUCCUACUCCCAGCCCUAUCCCAUCAUCUAACUCAACAACCAGCUCAAACAACAACAGCUGCUCUCCAGCAGGGGUUCAGACAGCACAGAGCAUCCUGGGAGGAAACCAGCUUAGUCAGUCCCAGAACCUUGAGUCCAUGUCUAACUCAACUUCUCAUCCUCCUUCUUCUGAGUCCCAUGAGGUGAAAAAAAAGAAAUUUGCAGACAUGCUGUCCUCAAGAGGUCACCAGCAACUCCAACAGCAGCAACAGUUGGCACAAGCUCAAGCGCAAGCCCAGGCCCAACUUCAGCAGGAGCUCCAACAGCAAGCUGCCCUUAUUCAGUCCCAGCUGUUCAACCCACUUCUCCAGCACUUCCCAAUGACAGCAGAUGCACUUUUGCCCCUUCAGCAGCAACAGCUUCUGUUUCCUUUCUAUAUCCCUGGGGCAGAAUUCCAGCUGAAUCCAGAAAUGGGCUUGAGCAGUUCUUCAAUGAACCUAAGUGGCUCUGCUGCUUCUUUGUUGGAGGAGCAGAAGAACCAGGCCCAGCAGGCCCAACAGAGCUGCCUACAACAGCAACUGAUGCAUCAUCACCUUCAGCAACAGCACCAAGCCCACUCCCACUCCCAGGCAUCAAGCCAAAUGGCAUUACUUCAGCAGAGUGCAUCUCUCUCACACCCUGUAGAAAAAAAACCAAAGUCGCUUGUUCCUCAUAGUGAGAAGGACAGAGAUCUGCCAAAGGAUAAAGAAAUUAAUGAUAAAUCAGAAGAUCAUAAUCCAAAGGAUAUCCCAGACAAUUUAAAGUCCAAAGAAAAGAAAGAUAUACCACAGACUAUUGCUAAUUUGAAUCAGGACAAUGGAUGCCUUCCACCAAGGAUUGCAUCAGAUGCUCGUGGUAAUGCCACCAAAGUGCUAUUGGAGAAUUUUGGAUUUGAAUUGGUGAUUCAGUACAAUGAAAAUAAACAGAAAGCUCAGAGAAAGCCCACAGGAUCUGUGUCUGGAUCAACUGCCACAGGUGGUAUCACUAGAGUUGUGGACCCUGUUGAGGGACUGGAGAAAUUGGAAUGUGAAGCCUGUGGAAAGCUCUUUUCCAACAUAUUAAUACUAAAAAGUCACCAGGAGCAUAUCCAUCAGGCCUUCUUUCCAUUUAGAUCACUAGAAAGGUUUGCUAAAGAGUACAGAGAACAGUAUGACAAGCUGUACCCACUAAGACCACAAACACCUGAGACUGCUCCUCCCCCACCACCACCUCCUCCUCCCCCGCCACCUCCACCUCCUCCACAGAGAGUACCGACACCAAAUAUACCUGUCUCUGCCCCCGCAAUCACUCCACCAACUGCUUCAACUCCACAGCCUCAAGGUCCACUACCUCAGAUUUCAAUGCCUAUGGAUCUUCCUCUUUUCUCUCCACUCAUGAUGCAGCCAAUGUCACUCCAGUCAUUACCUUCUCAAAUUCCUGCACAGUUACAAGCUGUUGAACCUGGUUUAGCCAGUGACCUUGCACAACUAUACCAGCAGCAGCUCACACCUGCUAUGUUGCAGCAGCAGAAUAAGAGGCCUCGCACCCGUAUUACAGAUGACCAGCUAAGGGUUCUAAGGCAGUAUUUUGACAUAAACAAUUCACCUAAUGAGGAACAAAUAAAAGAAAUGGCAGACAAGUCAGGACUUCCACAAAAAGUCAUUAAGCACUGGUUUCGGAAUACACUCUUCAAAGAACGACAGCGCAACAAAGACUCACCUUAUAAUUUCAACAAUCCCCCAAUCACUACUCUGGAGGAUGUCAAAAUUGACUCUAAGCCACCUUCCCCUGAACCCCAAAGACCAGAGUCCUAUGGCAGUAAAAGGUCCUCAAGGACACGAUUCACAGACUACCAGCUUAGAGUACUACAGGAUUUCUUCGAUGCUAAUGCAUACCCUAAAGAUGAUGAAUUUGAGCAACUGUCCAAUCUUUUGAGCCUACCAACUAGGGUCAUUGUUGUUUGGUUUCAGAAUGCCAGGCAAAAAGCUCGGAAAAAUUAUGAGAACCAGGGAGAUGGAGUAAAAGAUGGCGAGCGGCGUGAGCUUUCCAAUGACCGAUACAUUCGCACUACUAACUUGAACUAUCAGUGCAAGAAGUGCAGUCUGGUCUUCCAACGGAUAUUUGAUCUCAUUAAACAUCAAAAGAAGCUUUGCUACAAAGAUGAGGAUGAGGAAGGGCAAUAUGACAGUCAAAAUGAAGACUCUGUUGAUCUCUCACAUGAAUACUUUUCAUUGUCUGGGUCAUCAGGGCACACACCAAUGUCAUCAUCCUCAAGCCUCUGCCCUCUUCCACCUUCAUCCACUUCAUUUUCUCAUAUAACAUCAUCUGAGAAGGUAGACUGUAUAUCCACAAGUACAUCAAACACUUUUGAUGAGAAACCCAAAAACUCUGCAGAACCAUCUCUGGGUCCUAGAGAACAGUCUUUGAAACAGGAAAGCAGUCAGCCAGCAGAUAUUCCACAGCAAAAAGCACCACGAGAGGAGAAUGUUCAACUUACCCCAAAGAAUGCAAAGCUUUCUUCACCUUCUCUCUCUCAACAGCAACAACAUAGUGCUGCAUCAGCCUCUGCUUCUCAUACCAGCCAAACCCCCUCCCAAAGUUCUCUCAUGGCUCUUAAUUCCCAUUUAGCCUCACAGCAGCAGCUGGCCCAGCAAAUGAUUCCCUACCAGUGUGAGCAGUGUAAACUUGCGUUUCCUUCAUUUGAGCACUGGCAAGAACACCAGCAGCUUCACUUCCUGAGCGUUCAAAACCAAUUUAUUCAUCCACAGUUCUUGGACCGCCCAAUGGACAUGCCUUUCAUGUUGUUUGACCCCAGCAAUCCUUUGCUAGCUAGCCAGCUCCUAGCAGGAGCAUUGCCACAAAUACCAAGCAGCUCGGCCACCUCUCCAUCAACACCUACAUCCACCAUGAACUCUUUAAAGAGAAAGCUGGAAGAAAAAGCUGGCACUAGUCCUGGGGAAAACGAUAGUACUAACAGUGGCGAAGAACCACAAAGAGACAAACGCCUACGAACCACUAUUACACCAGAGCAGCUUGAGAUCCUCUACCAGAAGUAUUUACUAGACUCUAACCCCACCCGAAAGAUGCUUGACCAUAUUGCUCAUGAGGUGGGGCUCAAGAAACGGGUGGUGCAAGUAUGGUUCCAAAACACUAGGGCAAGAGAAAGAAAAGGACAGUUUCGGGCUGUCGGACCAGCUCAAGCCCAUCGCCGCUGCCCCUUCUGUCGUGCCCUCUUUAAAGCUAAAACUGCCCUCGAAGCCCACAUUCGUUCACGUCACUGGCAUGAAGCAAAGCGCGCUGGUUACAACAUAACACUUACCGGUUUGCUAUCUGAACAAGAUGGUAUGCACUUAAAGAUGGAUCCUCAGGAUAUUGCUAACUUCUCUCAUAUUGGUUCUUCUAAUAAUGAUGGCCACUGCUCAUCUCUGUCACCUGUGAGUAAAACUAUGGACUUGUCUCCCAGGGCACUCCUAAGUCCAACAUCAAUUAAGGUUGAGGGAAUGGAGGAGUUUGAAAGCCCAACCAUGUCAUCAGUAAACAUUAGUUUUGAUCAGAGCAAGCUUGAUAAUGAUGAUUGUUCUUCUGUGAACACUGCAAUUACAGACACCACUACUGGUGAUGAGGCAAAUGCAGACAAUGACAAUACUGAUAUGAAGCACAGCCACAACAGUGGAGAUUUCUUGUCCAAGGCUGGAGGAUCAGUCCCAUCUCUUGAGAAUGAUGAUCAGAUGUCUUCAGGACUAGUGAGCCCAGCGACAAGUUAUUAUGCAAAAGACUUUGAAAAUGAAAACAUGGUGGAUUAUAGUGAAACAUCUAGUCUGGCUGAUCCCUGCUCACCAAGCCCUGGUGCAUCCGGAAGUAGAAGUAUUGACAGUGGAGACAGGCCAGGCCAAAAGCGCUUUCGAACUCAGAUGACUAACCUCCAGUUGAAAGUCCUUAAGUCCUGCUUUAGUGAUUAUAGGACUCCUACAAUGUUGGAGUGUGAGGUACUCGGCAAUGAUAUUGGACUCCCAAAAAGAGUUGUACAGGUCUGGUUCCAGAAUGCUCGUGCUAAAGAAAAGAAAGCUAAGCUCAGUAUGGCUAAGCACUUUGGAAUCAACCAGACUUCUUAUGAGGGGCCUAAGACGGAGUGCACAUUGUGUGGUGUAAAAUACAGUGCACGUCUAUCAGUGCGGGACCACAUCUUUUCCCAGCAACACAUAUCCAAGGUGAAGGAAACUAUUGGAAGCCAGCUUGACAAAGAGAAAGAGUACUUUGACCCAGCCACUGUUCGUCAGCUAAUGGCCCAGCAAGAGAUGGAUCGCAUCAAGAAAGCCAAUGAAGUUCUUGGUCUGGCACAACAGCAAGCCAUGCAGCAGCAAGGGAUGUUUGACAGUCCAGCCUUGCAAGCCCUCAAUUUGCAGUCAGCCUAUCCGAAUCUGCAAGGAAUACCCCCGGUUCUUCUGCCAGGGGUUGGGAGCCCUUCCCUUCCAGGUUUUAACUCAACCAACUCAGCUUUAACCCCUCCAAAACCACCAAACAUUAUGAACAUGUCCGGUGCCAGUGUACCUUCACCCAGUCUCCCCACAUCUGGAUUGCCCAACAAGAUCCCUUCUUCUUCCUCCCUGGCCUCACCCAGCCCAUCUCAGGCUAGCACUUCUGUUGCUCACUCAACUACUACUACCACCACACCAACAUCAAACUCCCUGACCAACCAAUUAGGUCCUGAGAAAACUGAGAAAGCCAGGGAGAAAGAAAAGCCCAAGAAGCUCUCCACACCAUCUUCAACUGCGGGCACUCCUGCUCCCUCCACUUCUGCUGCCAGUGCCAAGAAAGAAAAACCAGAUACAGCUGUUCCAGCCACCUCAAUGCCAACUCCUGGCAUGGAAUAUGUGGUUGAUCCUGCUCAGCUUCAGGCUUUGCAGGCUGCUUUAGCAUCUGAUCCAACAGCACUGCUUACCAGCCAGUUCCUGCCCUACUUUAUGCCAGGUUUCUCUCCAUAUUAUGCCCCUCAGAUUCCAGGAGCUCUUCAGGGUGGAUACCUUCAGCCUAUGUAUGGUAUGGAAAGUCUUUUCCCCUACAACCCAGCUUUAUCACAAGCCUUGAUGGGGUUAUCACCAGGAUCACUGCUCCAGCAUUACCAGCAAUAUCAACAGAGCCUGCAGGAAGCACUUCAGCAGCAACAGCGACAGCUUCAGCAAAUCCAGCAACCGAAAGCAAGCCAAACCCCAGCUUCUUCGCAGCCUUCGGUGGACCGCAAAGAUUCUGCCAAAGAUCAAGUAAAAACAGAGGAAAAGAAGGGCACUCUCGCAGUUGAUACCUCUUCGCAUAAUAACUUACCCCCUGAGCAGCAUGAAGUGGAUGGUAAAGGUGUAGACCCCCUUCUUGACCAAUACAUUGUCCCCAAAGUUCAGUAUCGGCUGGCGUGCCGCAAGUGUCAAACUGUUUUCAGCAAAGAGGAAGCAGCUAUCAGCCACCUGAAGUCGAUCUGCUUUUUUGGUCAGUCUGUGGCAAACCUGCAAGAGAUGUUGCUUCGAGUCCCUAGCAGUGGCAGUACAGCUGAAGGUAGCCUCUAUGACUGCCUGGCAUGUAAUGUCACUCUGGAUGGGGACAAAGCACUUAGUCAACACCUGGAUUCAUCCUUGCACAAACACAGAACAAUCACACGAUCAGCCGGAAAUGCCAAAGAGCACGCUACUAGUUUAUUACCUCACUCUUCAGCCUGCUUCCCCAAUCCUAACACCGCAUCUACCUCGCAGUCUGUCACCCACCCAAACAACACCGCAACAUCUCCCGCGCCAACAAUGUCAAACACCACGCCAUCUUCAUCUGUGUCUGCAUCCUCAUGCUCCUCUGCCACAGCUGCCACAAUUAACACCACAGCUGCCAGCAAACCCUGGCCCCAGGCCCCGUUCUCAAAAGCUUUAGCUGGAAAGCCCAAUACCACCCCUUCAACAUCGUCCUCGUUUCCUCCAGUAUCCUCACCUUCAACGGUUACCUCAAGUUCAUUGAGCACCUCAGGGGUUCAGACCUCGAUACCAACAGACGUCUUUACCGAUGACUCUGACUCUGACAGCAGUCAGAAAUCAGCAGACAGGCUGGGCAGGUUGGCAGAGGAGCCACAGCAGCCCAGCUGUCUCAAAGACAGUGAUAGUUGUAGUAGUAAUAUGGCUAGUGUAGGAACAGACUCCAUCAGACUGUAAAAGAGCUUUCAACGAUGGACAAUAUUUUAAAAAACAAAAAACAAAAAAAGAAAUAAAACACAAAAGCUAAAAAAAAAAAAAAAAGGCGAUGUUUAAAAUAUGUUUAAAAGUAUACAAACCAAUUUCAGAAAAAAAGAUGUGUAAAGACUAACUGCAAUUCCAAAGCUUGUAACCAAAAAUUUAAAUGUUAGUGGAUUGUUUUCCCAUAUGAACAUGCUGGUUUUAAUUUGUUUCAACUUAAGUAUAUAGCUAUAUGUAUACACCUAUAUUUAAUUAAUAAGUAAGAACACUGCAGUUAACACGUGGAUAAUGCUAAGGGAAUGCAUUGCAAAGGACUGCCUCAAAAAUCACAAAAAAAUCCGAUGGGCCCCAGAUUCUCUCUACACAAUGAACUAGAUAAAAAUGAACCCCGUUCUUUGCAUAGAUACGUCCACCUAAUAGCACAGUCACACAAAGCCAGUAUGUACUGUAUGGGAGAAUAGUCUUACCGUUUUCUUGCUAUCUAAGCAUUCAAAUACCAAUGUCUUGCUAAAGAAAAAAGAAUGAUGUAUUGUCUAUUUUAUUCUCAGGUCAACAGCUCACAACCUUUUUUAUGUUACAUUAUUUUAUUCAUUUAGUUCCUGACAAAUUAGAAAACAUUUCUGUUUUUGUAUUGCUUUUAAUAGAAUUUCUUUUGGAAGUUAUAUGAACUAAGACAGAGCUUUCUGGGAAUCCAAAUGGGUAGCUAAACUGCUAAAAUUCUGUUAAAUGGGAUAGAAAACUCUCCCACUUUACCCAAACAA